AAAUAAUAAUAAAAAAAAAUAUCUUGUCCCUCGUAAACAUUAAAAGAAGGCUCUAGACUUUGAUAAACACCCAAUUAAUAGGUCACUUUCUUGCAUGUCUCUAAUGUUUGCAUGUAAAAUCCAUGUGCAUGAAUUGGGCCUAAGUAUUCUCCUAGCUGCUUUAACUGUAAGAAAGAGAGCUAAGUAUAUUCCAUGAGCAGUGUGUGUUUCUCAGCAUGGAGGCUAGGCAACUUAUUCAUGAAAACUCCUAUCUUCCUGCCUAAACCUGUCAACAUAUUCUUUUAUUUAUAGAGAAUGUGGUCUUUUGCAAAAUGAAAAGUGUACUCAAAUAGGUAAGUGCUAAAUAAUCUGGGUGCCUUUCAGACCUCUCUUCCAUUGUUGCUUCACACACAGAUACAUACAUUUAGUCUGAUUUGCCAAACUAUCUAUUACAAUAUUUAGACACUAAUGAGAAAUGCAUUGUUCUAUAUGGCGGGGGUGGGUAUGUCUGAUUUGGAUGGGGGUACAUCUGAGACACAAUUUGCUAGUUUAUCUUUCACAGUUUCAGCUUUGCUGGUACAGCAGGUCGUCCAUCUUCAAGGUGGUUACUAGUGAAAUAAUAAACGUUGCACUCUUUUCCCUCUGUUUACCACAGGAGUCUUUUCUUGCUGUCAAACAUACAUUUUCUGUUAGUGGAUUUGGUAAACCCACGUGAUAGUAAUGUUCCCUAUAAGCUCUUUUUGUUAGAAUCCAGCACGGAAACCGUCACAGCAAUGACACCAGACAGUUUGCCCUUGACCAACGUUUUCUCAGUGCUGUCUGCUUAGUGUGGUUGUUGUAAAUAUGCCCUUUAUGCUGUUUCAACUAUGAUUUUAAAUAGAACUAUAACUAUGGUCCCUGUUUACAUUAAUCAUCAGUUUAAUUUUCUUCAUACAUUUUAGAACACACACGUUUGCCUCCGAUUUUAGAUUUUGUAUAAACUGAAAUGGAGAAGCAUUUCAGUCUAUCGGUCUGAACUCUGAGCUGUGUCUGUCUGUGCUCUCUGUCUUUCUAUAUAUAUAUCUCUGUGUAUCUAUGGACCUGUUCUCUUUCCAUACCUGUCGAAACACUCUAUUUCUGUCUGGACGCUAUAUGAUCUAUAUUCUCUCAUUUUUAUUUAUUUCCUUUUCCUCACCCAGUGUUCACUAGUAAGAUCUAAUACUAACAACUAGCAGCAGAAUAAUCAGACUGUGCCCUUUUUUUACAGUGUGCAUGUGUAUGUUGUAAGUUUAUUCUAAAGAAAAAUCGUUUACCGGUAUGAAACCUGUUAGUUUAUUAGCGUGAGCAGCCUGCAGUUUUGUCCUAGUGAAUUCAGUAUUCUGUCUAUACAUUUCAGUUUUCUACACUUUGCACUUGUUAUAAUAAUGAGAUAGCAGCAGCCUUACUAUGAGUGUUAAGUCAGCGGAGAUUAACCCAUUGAAUAAUUUGCUUGUCUUACUGAAGGGCCAUAUCCUUAUUGUGCAGUAUUUAGCACAUCACAGCUUGAAGUUUUGCCACAUGGCGAUUCUUCAUACAUUUCUUCCCACUCCACUACAGACAUGUCCUUCUACUUGGGUAGCAUCUCUGGGUAAUCAGUCUAGGAGUGCUUUUUGUGUGUUAAGAAACACUAAAAAUUGAUGCAUUUUUCUUCAAUUCUUUUGUGGAUCUGCUAAACAUUUGUACGUUUAUUUUUUCCUUUUUUUUUUCUCUCUCUCUCUCUCUCUUUUCUUUUAUCAUCUCGCAGAUGAAAACUUUAUUCUCAAACAUGAUCGUGCAUUCCUCUUGUCCAUGGCAAAUCGAGGGAAGAACACAAACGGUUCCCAGUUUUUCAUAACAACAAAAGCUGCCCCGCAUCUUGAUGGGGUCCAUGUGGUUUUCGGCCUUGUGAUUUCUGGUUUUGAGGUGAUCGAGCACAUUGAGAACCUGAAAACGGAUGCUGCCAGCAGACCUUAUGCUGACGUUAGAGUUAUAGAUUGUGGGCUGCUGGUUACUAAACCGACCAGGGAUGUUUCAGAAAAAAAUAGGAAAGUCACAUCUCAAACGGAGGAGUCAAGUUCCAAAUCCUCUUCCCCAUCCUCUUCAACAACCGAAUCAUCCUCAGAAAGUGAAGCUGAGAUUGAGAGAAGCAGACGGAAAAAAAGGAAGCGGAGGGCCAAAGUGAAACAUGCAAAGAAAAGACGAAAAGAGACUGGUUCACGGGAGGAGACCCGGGAGAGGAGAGCGCCAAGCCAACACAGUAAUCAUUCUGACAAAAAUGACAAUACCGAAGAUUUGUAUGCAAAGAGGGAAAAGCCUGUUGUGCGUCCCGAGGAAAUCCCCCCAGUCCCCGAAAAUCGGUUUCUGCUGAGAAGAGAUGUUCCUCCUUCAAAACCCGAUCCUGAAACGAAAUCCCUAAAUCUAGACCUUGCUGACAGUGACCAGAAGAAAGCUUCACUUUCAAAAUCGGGGAGAAAAAUCCGGGGCAGGGGCACAAUACGAUACCACACACCUCCUCGAUCGAGGUCUCAGUCCGAAUCAGAGGAUGAUGACGAGAGCAGUGAAACGCCACCUCAUUGGAAGGAGGAAAUGCAGAGACUUCGGACUUACAAGCCCCCCACCGGAGAGAAAUGGAGCAAGGGAGACAAGCUCAAUGAUCGCUCCAAUAACUGGGAUGAUGGCACUGUGUCUCUCGGCACAAGUUCUUGGUCACAUGAUGGAUAUCAGUCUAAUGAAAGCCGAGAACGUGUUUCCCACCCGAAAACACACAAAAAAGAUAAAAAAGUAAAACAUAAAAAGAAAUCAAAAAAGGUAAAGCAUUCCAAGAAGCAUAAGCCAUCUAAGAAAAGUCAGCCUUCCUUGCCUAAACAGGAGUCUGUUUAUUCUUCAAGCAAAAAACAAACAACUUCACAAGAACACACUAAGGAACCUUUAUCAGUAUCAUCCAGAGAGUCUUCCAAGAGAAACUGGUCUCGGUCAGAUAAGGAAUCUGAUUCAUCUGCACACUCUAGCAGGGACUUUCACUUCCCUUCCAGGUCCAGAACACGAUCAUAUUCAAGGGUAAGCUCAAGAUCCAGAACAGCUUCAAAAUUCUCUUCACGUUCCAGAAGCCAUUCUAGAAGCAGAUCUCGCUCUAGGUCUAGAUCAAGGAACAGGAGAAAGUCAAGGCCAAGAUCACAUUCUCCCUCUCCAUCUUCAUCGAAGUCUAAACACUCGAGAAAAGUUUCUCAAUCUCCCAAAAGCAGGGAGUCACCUUUAGUGGAAAAUAAAAAAGUUAAGGAUACAGAACCAGUAAAACCAAUUGAAAAUAAUGCAUUGCCAUAUGUUGUCACUGAGAAUAUUCCAGUGCUUCCCUUAAGUGACAGUCCACCCCCUUCCCGAUGGAAGCCUGGUCAGAAACCCUGGAAACCAUCUUAUGAGCGUAUUCAGGAAAUUAAGGCCAGGACCUCUGAUAUUAUUCCAACACAAAGUAGGCUUACUGACGGAGAUAAAAAAUCAAAUUCUUACAGAAAUCAGCAGGCAAGUUCAGACAGUGAAAGUAGUGGUUAUUCAGCUAGAAGCUAUCGGCAAAAGUCCAAACCUCGAUCAUCUGGAAGUAGAUCAUAUAGUAGAUCAUACACCAGAUCAAGAAGUCGUAGUAGCUCAAGUUCCCGAGCAGAUAUUUAUUCAGAUUCGUCUUCUUCCCAUGGUCGCUCAUCCUCUUAUGAUUCCAAUUCAGAAAGAAGCCCUGUGCGGAAGAAAUCUUCAGAGGGAAAAAAGGUUCAUUCAAAGAGCAGAAAUGGCUCUAAAAGAGUCUGUCAAGAUAAAGACGACAAUGUGAAUGUACACAGUUCACCUAAAAGCUCAGCUAGCAACUCAAAUUCAGACUUCUCCUCAGAGAGUGAAACUGAGGUAUCUAAAAAUACAGUGAAACAUUCUCAUGGUGUCAAGCCAACUCAGAUUGAUCUUGACAAGCAUCAAUUAGACAAAGGACAGCAGAAACAGGCAGCUAAGGAAGUUAGUAAUACUGUUCAUUCAAUUAUCUCUGAGGUAAAGGAGUUAAUCACUAAACCAGUACCAGAGAUGAAAAGUGAGACAGUGGAUGGAAAAACGGAUAAUUCGGUUGAAAGGAUCUCCAACUCAGGGGACACUAACGUUGUAGAGGUGACAGACAUAUUUUCUGGGAAAGAGGAAGGUGAGGCAAGUUCAGAGUCCGACAUAGAGACUGUUGGCCAGUCAAAAACGAUGACCUCUGGCAUAUUGUCACCACAGGCUUCUGAAGAGAAUGCUGAAAAACUAACCAAAUCACCACCUUCUGAUACCUCAAGCCAGGAGAAUGUCAGAGGUAAAUCCAAGAAACAUAAGCGCCGCUCUAGUAAGAAGAGUACAAAGAAAAGCCACGUGAAAAAAUCUAAGGACAGGUCGAAGAGGAAAAAACAAAAGAAGCAUAAACUUCAGAAAAGGAAACCAGUAUUUCAUUGGCAGCCUCCACUGGAGUUUGGUGAUGAAGACGAGGAGGAUAUAGGCAAUGAAAAGCCUAGUAAUAUAGUUGAAAGGCAAAACCUGGACAAUGAGAAGGAAAGUAGAACAGCAAAAAAUUGUGCAAAAAGUAAUUCCACUAUGGUGAUCAGUGAUAGGUCUCGAACAGAACAAGUUAAAAGUGUAUCUUCUGUUGCUUGUCCAAUUAAGCCUGAAGAGAGUGAUAUUGUACCAUCCCUGACUAAAAACCAGAUGACAGAUGGAAAAAUUGCUCAAAGUCCUGAUGACCGCAAAUCAUUUUCACGUAAUCAUCCAUUGAAUCAGUUAAAAUUGGAAUCCCAUUCUCCUGGUCAAACCGGUGCAAGUUCGGCAGGUGAAAAGUCUGAGCAGACCAGCCUACCAUCUACCAUUCUUGCAUCUGUCACUGCAGAAAAUACACAAAUCAAAGCUGAAAAAGUCUCUAGUCCUCAAAGUGCAACCAGUAACACAAACGUUCCAGAAAAGGUUGUGACUGGAAACCCUGACUCUUCAUUAGCAGAUAAUAAAUGGAAACCUGUCCAAGGACCUAGUGUGCUGCAAAUGCUCAAAUACUCCAACACAUCUGUAAGUACGUCAGUAGAGCAGGAGAAAAAGUCCCAAGGUCUGCGAAUCGAGAUAAAAAGUAAGAAUAAAGUCAGACCUGGAUCCCUUUUUGAUGAGGUCAGGAAAACUGCACGCUUGAACCAGAGGCCAAGAAACCAAGAAAGCUCUAGUGAGGAGGAAUCUACAAGUCCAGACGAGAAGAGCCAUAGGAGUUCUCAAAGUAAAUCAAGGUCUGUGUCAAGCCACAGAUCAAGGACACAUUCUUACAGCAGGUCAAGGAGCCAUUCCCAUUCUUACAGCUCUUCAUCCAGCAGGUCAAGAAGUUACACAAGAAGUCGGAGCAGAAGGUCUUCUAGACGCUACAGAACACGGAGCCGCAGCAGGUCGCACAGAAGUUAUAGGAGUUACAGUCGAACAUACAGUAGAAGCCGUUCGAGAAGUGUAUCUUAUGGCCGUCGAAGAAGAUACAGGAGUAGAUCGUACACAUAUGACAGUUAUGAUAGCAGAAGUCGUAGCCGAAGCCCACGUCGCCACAGAUCGCGCAGCUAUGACCGGCGAUCCAGCAGAAGUCGAAGGUCCUACACAUCGUGUAGUGGCAGUGACCGCAGUUCUAGUCGUCACCGGCACCGAAGACGUUAACAUGACUGCCGUUUCCUUUUUUUGUAAAUUUUAUUUUAUAAAUUUGUUUUGUGUAAUGUCUGAAAGCUAAAAACACGUAACAUGUGUGCUAAAAGCACACCACACACCAAAGUCCUUUACAUUGUUGUUCUUUAUCUCUCUAAACAUGUUGAGAUUUAAAGUCUAAAUUCUAUUCAGUUGUGUGGACAAGCAUUGUACAGUUUAUUUAAUAUUUUAUUUGGAAGAGGCUAACCCUGAAGUUCUAUUUAUCCUUAAUGGGACACUAUAGUCUCCAAAACAAAUUUAGCUUAAUGAAGCAGUUUUGGUGUAUAGAUCAUGUCCCUGUAGUAUCACUGCUCAAUUCUCUGCCAUUUAGGAUUUAAAUCCCUUUGUUUAUGAACCCUAGUCCCACCUCCCUGCAUGUGGCUUGCACAGCCUUCCUAAACACUUCCUGUAAAAAGUCAUCUAAAGUUUAUCCUUCCUUUAUUAUUAAUUUUGUUACAUUUAGAUUAUCCCCUGCUAUGUUAAUAGCUUGCUAGCCCCUGCAAGAGCCUCCUGUAUUUGAUUAAAGUUCAAUUUACAGAGAGAUACAAUUGUUUAAGGUAAAUUUUAUCUGAUUGAAAGUGAAACCAGUUUUUUUUUUUUCAAUGCAGAGUCAGGGGAGGUGUGACAAGGGCUGCAUAAACAGAAACAAAAAGUGAUCUAAGUGAAUUGAGCAGUAAAACCUGAGAGGCAUGAUCUAUACACUAAAACUGAUUCAUUAAGCUAAAGUUGUUUAGGUGACUAUAGUGUUCCUUUAAAUCCUUACAUGAGACACUUUCUUACAGAUACAAAGUGCUCAAAAUAUUUCCACAAACUUUGUGCUGAUAAUUUUCUGGGAGUAACUAAUUUCAUAAACUGUGAGCAAUUGGAAUUAAAAAACCAAACGCAGUAAAUUUAUACUAUGAAGAAAAUUAAAUGUUACAGAAUUCUUAGAAUAUAAACUGGCUUUUGUCACAUUAAGUUACUUGGUUAUUCCACAGCACCUAAUUCUAGAAAAUCCUGUGUCCUGGUUAAUAACCUGCAACCGUCCGCUCCUAAUGAGGUUUGUUUCUGAAGUCCUGUCUAAAGCUACCCCUUAUCCUAUGUUAUUAGCCAUCUUAAAGUCCUGUUUAGCCAGAAACCAUGCAAGUCCAGAGCAAUUGUGCAUUCACAAUCCUGGCAUCAUACGCAUGCUCAAAAAUCCACUCUGGAACUGUCAGCCAUUCAAAUGACCUGAGAGGAUGCCUGCGGCUUCCAACCAAAGUGCCCACACAAAGCAAGGGUAUUCCAGGAGAUGCUUUGACAAGUUGAUAUAAUUAAUUUACUCAGAAUAUGUUACAUAUAUUCCUUUAUUUUCAGUAAUAAUAAAUUACAGUUUUCCUAUAAACUUGUGUCAAGAAAUGACUGACAUAUGGCGCAAGAUCAGUGUUUUCAGAUGAAUUCUACAAUUUCAGGAAAAAUUGAUCAUCAUGUUUUAAAGCAUGACCAGAAAGUGUAAACUAUACGACAGAGAAUUCAUGUUAACAAAGAGGAAUUAAUUUCCUUACGUGCCAUUUUUAUAGUUUAUUUGCAUUAAUGAAAAAGAAUGGUUUUGAUAAGACUCAUACAGUUGUAUAUAUUUCAAGCUUGUAAUAAAAUAAUCGCAAAUAGCCUUAAACAGGGACAAUAUCUCAAUAUCUCAUACAGACCUCAUUAACCAAGUAGCAUGUACUGCUGCAAGGUUUAAACUCAAACCUCUUAUUUUUGAUCUAUCCUUUCCUUCACGUUUAACCCCUUAAGGACCAAACUUCUGGUAUAAAAGGGAAUCCUAACAUGUCACACAUGUCAUGUGUCCCUAAGGGGUUAAGGAGAUGACAAACAUUUUCUGGGCAGCAAGAGGUACUUAAAAUUCCAGUGUUUGCCGGGUUACAGUUAUUUUUACAUUUACAGGAAAAGUCUAAAAUUAAAACAAAAAAACUCAACUGGACUAACAUUGUUAUUUUAUAAUUAAGACCUCAGAGUAAUUACAUUAGUACGAAUUCAUAAAAGUAUUGAAAAUGCAAUGCAGUAAAUGUUUUGUAAAUUGGCACAGUCACCAUGGAAACCAGUGAAAUGUGCCUUUUUUUUAAUAAAACCGCUAUUGCCUGGGCAAUUAGAUAAUUCUUUGAAAUGCAAAUAGCCUCAGAUUUCCUCCUAAUUUGAGUUAAAUACAAUGGAAUGUUACUGCGUUGAUUGAUGAGACUUGUUCUGUUGUACCUUUUUGUAAGCUUGUAAUAAAAUUGUUUUGCUCCAGGAAAACCAUUCUUUGAAACUAAAAAUAAAGAUGGUGUUUUGUAUAUAUCUGUAUCUCCUUCUUUAUAUUUCUUUUACUGUUUCAAAAUACUGUAUUUUGAGAGGUAUUAAAAAUAAAAGUAAAUCUAUUCAAAUCAGA